UCCUCUCCACUCACUUCCACUACUCCUCCCCUCCUACUUAUAUAUCUUAACCGCUCCUUUUAUUUUCCAGACCGGCCGACGCCUUAAACUCCCAUGGCUGUAGUUCGAGAUCGUCGCCAUCUUAAUCUUCGCCUCCCCAUAUCUGAGCUCUCUGACCACCGCCCUCGAUUCCCGUUACCCCUUCCUCCCAAUACUAUCACCAAUACUGCCACCUCUGCUGCCAUCUCCGUCUCCGACCUCGAAAAGCUUCAAGUCCUUGGCCAUGGCAAUGGUGGCACCGUCUACAAGGUCCGCCACAAGCGCACCCAUGAUGUCUACGCCCUCAAGGUCGUUCACACGGACUCGGACCCCACCCUCCGCCGACAGGUUUUUCGGGAGAUGGAAAUCCUCCGACGCACCGUCGACUCUCCCCACGUUGUCCGCUGCCAUAGUAUAUUCGAGAAGCCAUGUGGCGACAUCGCGAUUCUCAUGGAGUAUAUGAACUUGGGUUCCCUCGACUCGCUGCUCAAGACCCAUGGUACUUUCUCCGAGCCCAAGCUUGCCGGCGUGGCGCGCCAGGUUCUGGACGGCUUGAACUACCUCCAUGGGCACAAGAUCAUCCACCGUGACCUCAAACCCUCGAAUCUCUUGGUGAACGACGCGAUGGAGGUAAAGAUCGCCGAUUUUGGAGUCAGCAAGAUCAUGUGCCGUUCGUUGGACGCGUGCAACUCUUACGUCGGCACCUGCGCCUACAUGAGUCCCGAACGGUUCGACCCGGAUACCUACGGCGGGAAUUAUAACGGCUACGCCGGUGACAUAUGGAGCUUGGGGCUGACCUUGUUGGAGCUGUAUUUGGGUCAUUUCCCGUUCCUUCCACCGGGUCAGAGACCCGACUGGGCGACCCUGAUGUGCGCGAUCUGUUUCGGAGAGCCGCCGAGCUUGCCGGAGCAAGCGUCGGAGGAGUUCCGUAGCUUCGUUCAAUGUUGCUUGCAAAAGGAGUCCAGUAAGCGGUGGAUGGCAGCUCAGCUUUUGACCCACCCCUUUGUUUGUAAAGAUCCGAGAUGAGUUUCCGGAUCUGACAAUUUUGGACUCCGGCUUCUAGUUUUAUUGCAGCCGGCUCACUGUAUAUUAUUUCAAACUCUUAGAAGCUUCUGUUGCUUUUAGCACUGGUGAAA